AGUAAGUGCGCACUGCAGCGAGUGCACUUGGCUCGCGCCCUCCAUGUCCGGCAGGGAGAGCGCGCGAGGGGAUUGAGACCGAGCCGCAGCCCACUUUUCCCACACAGUCCACAGUGCGCGCGUGCAGCUGCGGAAAUGACACAGCGCCGACAAAACCGUCACGUCACGCGCGACCACGGGACCCGGACACGCGCACAGGCAGGAGUCACGCGCGCAGCGAACGCACGGACACGCACACGGGCGCGUGAGGAAGCGCACGGCGCCGUGGAGACAGGGGAAAUGAGUUCGUCUGAGUAUGGCGUUAAAUCGGACGGGGACACGGUUGAUAAAGAGGUUAAGGUCGAAAAAGACACGGACAACGUUUCAGACAUCGAGUCCAAACAGAAUUUGGAGGAAAAGUCUUUGAACUGCUUCGCUCAGAGGAGCGCGAAGAGAUCCGCAUCACACGGCUUUGACGGCCUUUACUCGGAGCAGAACCAGACGAGCGGCAGAAAGAAGGCCAAGGUUUGUGAACUUUUCCAAGAUGGUGGCUCAGAGGAAUCGCCCAGAUCCCCCCAGGACAGAACCAUAUCAUCAUACAGGAAGCCUUUAUACGGCAUUUCCCAUCGUAUCACUGAGAAAAAGGCGACAUCCAGCAUGGAUCAGCACGAAUCUGGGGUCCGGGUUAGCCGUAACGGGAUCCUUUUCCCGAAGCUGGACAGCCCGAUUCACAUACGGUCUGACGCGGCGGCGUCUUCUGGAUCCUCUACAUCUCCGGUGUCUUCGGAUUCUCAUUUAUAUCCGCUUUUCGAAAAGAUGUUCUUCAUUCUCAACAGUUUGAACUCCAGCAUGUCUCAGCUGCACAGCAAGGUGGAUCUUCUUUCCCUAGAAGUGACACGCAUCAAGAAGCAGAUCAAGCCCUUGGAGAUGGCGAUGGAAUUCCAGCCUCCACCGGAAUACCAGUUGACCAGAGAGGAAUUGGGUCAGUUGAUGGAGCAAACCUCCACGGCUGGUGAACUGGGAUGCAGGCUGCUAGUCCAGCUGUUCCCAGAGCUUUUCACAGCUAAAGAAUGCGCCCACGGUUGCAGAGCUUGUGGCGUCGCCAGCAGACCAGCUCUGGAUUCUUUGCACCUUCAACUUGUACGCAACUAUGUGGAGUCCUGCUACCCGCAGGUCAAGAACGGAAAAGUUUGGCAGAACGAGUGCCUGCCGCAGAUCAAUGACUUCUUUAACCGUUUCUGGGCUCAGAAGGACAUGGAGAGCGGGAAACAGACUGGGUUUGACAUGGACCAAAGCCACAGCUGCCAUUUCAUCAACGAGGAGGGACAAGACGAGAGACUGUCGCUGGAUUCCGGAGAGAAUCCCACCAUCAACGGGAGCCACUUCGGCCACGUCAAAUCAGACCUCGUGUUCGAUUCCCAAGAAAGCGGAGAGAAUCCUGACGACAUCACGUCAGCCGAGGAGUUCGUCAUAUUCCUUUUGAACAGACUCUUCCCAGAAGUGUUUGAGGAAGGGAGACUUCCCGAGGGUCACAGGGCUGUCGGAGAGCUGAUGGUCAAUUCGGACAGACUGGAUAUUAUCCGCAAGUACAUGGAGGCGAAUUUUCCAGAAAUGCCCGAAGACACGUGGCUGCAGUUGUGCGUGCAGCGAAUGGAGGAAGCUCUCGAGAAUGUUUCUGCCAAUGGUGGUGAUCAGGAGAACCACUCCGAGGAGAUCUACAAUCCCAUUUCUCUCCCUGAUGAUGUCUCAGUUGUGAAGAUCAGUGAUUUUUCCGAGUAUGAAAGGUGUCAUCGGAGGUCAAAAAGGUUGUUGCUUGAACCUGUUGACUUCAACAAAAUGGACGUCCCUCAUCCAGAUUUUGAAGUUCCACAAGAGUACCUGCUCACAAAGGAGCAGCUACGGAGCAUCUACAAUAGCAGCUUGUCCAUCGGAAACUUCGCGUCCCGUCUUUUGGUCCUCAUGUUCCCUGAACUGUUCACGCAGGAAAACACUCGCAAGCACUACAACUGCAGCGGCUCACUGGGGAAAAAGCAGCUGGAUCCCAUCCGGAUCAAUCUCAUCCGCCAUUACGUCCAACUGCUCUACCCGAGAGCUAAAAACGACCGAGUUUGGACCCUCGAGUUUGUCGGGAAGCUUGAUGAAAGAUGCAGACGUCGAGACACGGAGCAGCGCCGCUCGUACCAGCAACAGCGGAAAGUCUACACCUCGGAUCAAGAUUCCGAUCUCGGAGACUUCAUGACUGUGAGCCAAAUCGCCUCAGAUCGUCCGAAAGAGGACUUCGAGGUGCCCUCGUUGCCACCUGAAAAAAGUAGCAAAGACUUUUGUAAGAUUCCUCUGGAGGAUCUCAAGGUUUCCGCUCCAGACUUUCCAGUGCCUUCGUCAUACUUGCUCACGGACUCUGAAGUGAGAGAAAUUGUUCAGCAGAGCCUCUCGGUCGGGAAUUUCGCUGCCCGGCUUCUCGUCCGUCUGUUUCCCGAACUCUUUACGCAUGAGAACCUGAGGCUUCAGUACAACCAUUCGGGCGCCUGCAACAAGAAACAACUGGACCCUGUGCGACUGCGACUCAUCCGCCAUUACGUCGAGGCCGUGUAUCCCGCAGAUAAAAUGGAGGAGGUGUGGCACUACGAAUGCGUUCCCAGCAUCGACGAGCGCUGCAGGCGCCCGAAUCGCAAGAAAUGCGACAUCCUGAAAAAGGCCAAGAGGUCGAAUAGCACGGUGUCGUGAUCCUAACGCAGCUCAUAUAUCUGAACAAAUUUGUACAUUUUGCACAAGACCAUAAGCUCAAGCUGUAAACGACAAGAUCGUUAUCGAGGUGCUCUUCUGUAGGUCCUUGUUUAUAAGCUGCAGCAGCAACAACUACAAACAGUGAAGUGAAUUAAUGAUGACACUAUUGACAGAUUAGUAAUAAUAUUAACAUGCCAAGCUAACGUACUUCUCACUUUUAAUAGAUAAGCUAUCGUAGCUACCGUAGCCUUAGACUCACAAAUGCACACGUGGAAAGAAUUUCAUCUUUAUUUACAAGUUACGUCAGUGACGGCAGGUAGAUUGAUAGACAGAAAUAUAUUUUUGUUUUUAAUUCAUUCUAAUGUUGCAGCACUGAUGUUUUUUAACUUUGUCUUAGCUGCACGUGUCCACUAAAAUAUAGAAACAGAUCGAGAACUAUUUUUAAAUAAAAGUUAGUGUUUCAGCAGAA